CUGUUUUCUAACAUGGUUAAAUGGGAAGUCGGAGAGGGCUGGACUAGUGUCACUAAAGUUGAGAGAGAGAUUACACUGAUUGGUUGUUUGAUGUUAAAAUAAUAAACAAUAAUGUAAACAAAGUCAAUUGUUUAUAACCGUAAAGAAUGGUGAUAACACUAAAUAUAUUUGAGUAAAAUGUUAAAACGUUGGGUAAGUGACUAUGUUGUCACCGAACAUCGAGAUUUACAGGCCAAUACAAUGGCAUUGGAUACUACUGGAACUUAUGUUUUAUUAGCUGGACGCCGAUUUUUAGCAAUAAAAAAAUUAGACGAUAGUGAAGAAUGUGAUACGUUGAAAAAGUUUCCAAGGCAAAGUAAAUAUGAAGUAGGAUCUGCUGAAUGGAAUCCUACGAUAAAUAAUUGUCAUUUCUGUGCUAUAUCUAGUAACACGCGAAUCGAAAUUUUAAAUUUUGCUGGUAGCAGUAGUCAAGACCUGCCAACAAUUCACAGCUUAAAAGCUCACAAUCGAGUUGUUAGUGAUCUAAAUUGGCAUCCAAAAGAACCAGAUAUCAUAGCUUCUUGCAGUAUCGAUACCUUUAUCCAUAUUUGGGAUUUAAGAGAUUCUAGAAAACCUUCUUUAUCUUUAUCAGCUGUAGCGGGUUCAUCACAAGUAAAAUGGAGUCCAUUGUUAUCGCAUACACUAGCAACGGCUCAUGAUGGUGAUGUUAAAAUAUGGGAUCAAAGGAAAAGCAAUAGUCCCGUGCAGUACAUCGCUGCUCAUUUAACUAAAAUUCAUGGUUUAGACUGGUGUCCAUUUCAACAAAACCAAUUAGCUACCUCGAGUCAAGAUUGUUCUGUCAAAGUUUUCGAUAUUUGUAACCCGCGUAAAGCGGACAGUAUUUUGUCAACUAACUAUCCUGUUUGGAGAGCUAGAUAUACGCCAUUUGGGGAAAGUUUAGUAACAAUUGUUGUGCCGCCUCUUCGUCGGGGAGAAAAUAGUCUUUUAUUAUGGAAUAUUGCGAAUCUCAAUACACCAAUUUACACCUUCGUUGGUCAUACAGACGUUGUUUUAGAAUUUCAGUGGCGACAUCCUAAAAUAAAUAGUAAUGAUUACGAAUUGAUAACGUGGUCAAAAGAUCAAUUUUUAAGAAUAUUUAAAAUUGAUACGUUUUUAAAAAAAUUAUGUGGUCAUGAUAUGGACGAUGCUUCUUUAUAUGCUCAAUAUUCCGAAGAUACAAAUUUAACAGCAUUACAAUCAGUUCAAGAUAUUCAACUCAAUGAUUCUCAAAAUGAUAAUGACUUGAAUUAUUCUUCUACUAAAGCUGACAUGCAAACAAUACCCAAUGAAAUCAAUGCUAAUUCAGAUAACGAUAAAGAAUUACCGUCACCUACACAACCAAAGACAUUGCAACAAGAAUUUUCCUUAAUAAAUAUGAAUAUUCCUAACAUAGAAUUGAAUUCCAUGGAUGUAAUAGAGAGAAGUUGCACGGUAACAGCAAGAAACAAAAAUUAUUAUGUUAUACUGAAAGUUAAUUUUCCCGGAAAUUAUCCUUAUAGUGCACAGCCUACCUUUCAAUUUUGCUCAGGCACAACAGUUGAUAAUCCGACAAUGGCUAAAUUACUUCGAGUUCUCAAACAAACUUCGCAACAACGAGUCAAAAAAAAUCGAACUUGCUUGGAGCCCUGCUUGAGACAACUUAUCAUAACUCUAGAACAAAUGUGUGUCCCAGAUGAAAGUGAAUCAAAUCUUCUAGAUUAUCACAUUCAAUCUAAUGCCGAUUUCUUAAACUCAACUGCUAUAUGUACUAAUUAUCAAGACAACUAUAUUCCAUUUCCCAGAACAUCUGGCGCUAAGUUUUGCAGCCUGGGAAUUCUUGUUUGUUUCGGUCGUUCGACUUUUACUAGACGAUCGUCUAUUAUUAAACCAGAUGGAACCACACCGCGCUCUCUUUCAGCUUUAGGAAAUAUCGGAAAUGGUGGAUUGUAUAUGAAUAUGUAUUCUAGUCCAUACCGCCAAUCAGGGGAUACUAUGUCUAUUAGCUCAUUUUAUUUUCCCGAACGUCAACAAAGGCUGGCACGGAAAAAUGUUUAUAAUUCGAGUCUAGACCAGAGUCAAAAUUGUUACAGUAAAAAUUAUUAUUCAUUAGUUACAGUAUAUGAUACUUCAUUAUUAUUCUUUGUCAACAAGGAACUUGCUGAAAAAUAUGUUUUAAAUUUAACAGAUAUUCCGGCUAUGUGUCAGCAUAAUGCAAAUACAGCAUCAUUAUUAAAUCGUCCUGAUUUAAUUCAAGCCUGGUGUUUAUCCGCUCUUGUGGUUUCACCGUUAUCGGAUUCAUCCCUAAACUCGUGUCAAAUCCAAGACAUACUUUUACCUUGGCCUCUUCAUCCAUUUGGACAAAAACUUGUUCAUUCACUAAUUCAGCAUUACGUGAAUCAAUCCGACAUUCAAAUGGCUGGAAUGUUGAGCUGCGUAUUUAGUAAUCGUUCCGAAAAUCUUGACAAUAAUCAUGGAUAUUCGUCAAGUAAAUCAGUUAACGUCAGCUCGCAAUUCAAUGGAAAGAGGUGGUUGAAGCCUGGAGGCUCACCAUAUCACACAAUCCACCCAGCAGAUACUAGUAUCGAGGGUUGGAAUUUUCAAAGUUUGAAACAAAACCGAUCGAGCUCAUGGUCUGAGUCUCUGGAUGACUUAAAGACUACCCAAGAUUCUUUGAGUGACACAGGUCGCAGUAUUCGAUUGUUGGAUGAAAAUAAUACUUUGUUAUAUGACCGUUACAAAAAAGUAUAUGCAGAAGUCCUUCACAGGUGGAGACUUCUUGAUGGAAGAGCACAAAUUUUGAAACAUGUUAGUGUUGCCCAUAUUGAUUCGCAAAAGGAUGUAAAAAUUCAAAACGAAUGUCAUCUUUGCAUGCAUACAAAUCGAGGACCGCAAUGUACUGGUUGUAAACGUUUAUCGUUUCAAUGUAUUAUUUGUCAUAUAUCAGUUAGAGGUCACAGUACAUUUUGUAUUGUUUGUGGUCACGGAGGACAUACACAACAUCUUGCUGCGUGGUUUACCAACGAAAAAGUUUGCCCAACCGGUUGUGGCUGUGCUUGUCUUCAAGAAAGUACAAAUUUGUUAAAAUUAUGAAAGUUCAUAAGCUGUAUAAACACAAUUUGUAAAAAUAGAAUAUUUAUUUUCCAAGUGUUAUUACUAUUAAUAAAUGUAUAUAACAUUUAAGUAUCAUUUUUUGAAAGUCCAAUAACGUGUAAAAAUAAAUGUUAAUG